UUUAGAAAAGCAAGAGGGGGGGAAGGUGGGGAUGGGAGUGGGCCAAGAGUGACAGUAACACCGCCCCUUUCCUUCCUGGUUGGUUGGCUUAUCAUAUAUCAUUGUGGGGUUCUCUCAGAAGACAGCAGUCAACCACUAAGCAGAGCAAGGCCACCGGAACACAGCCCCCACCCCCACCCCACCCAAUUUCAAUUUCAUUUUCACUUUGCAAUAUCACACACACACACACCCAGAGCAUAAUCUCCACGUUUUCUUCCCUCUCCUGUAAAUUCCACAAGAUUUUCUUCUAUGAAAAUCCAUGGAUUCACAGAGCAAUAACACCCAUGUUCCAAGAAGUGGGGAAGGAAGAAGUGGCUCCGGGCACCGCCAUGGCCACACCCAAGAAGCUCCUUCACUCCAGCUUGUUUCACUUCAAAGUCAACCCGAACCCGGAGCUGGGUCCGAUCAGGCCCCAGCCCAAGAUCCAUUCAUGGGCUCCAUCUCCCUACAGUCUUCUUCUCUCUUCUCGUCACCUGCUUCCGCCGCCGCCGCCGCCGCCGCCAACUCUACCACCGUCGCGAAGGCUGCGAAAAGGCCUUCCAAAGACCGCCACACGAAGGUCGAAGGCCGCGGCCGACGCGUCCGCUUGCCCGCCGUUUGCGCCGCCAGGGUCUUCCAGCUGACCAGAGAAUUGGGUCAUAAGUCCGAUGGCGAGACCAUAGAGUGGCUCUUGCAGCAGGCUGAGCCGGCGAUUAUCGCCACCACCGGAACAGGCACAAUUCCGGCCAAUUUUUCGAGUCUUAACGUCUCGUUACGUAGCAGUGGGACGACCAUAACCGCGCCGCUGUCGAAGUCCGCGCCACUCUUCAUCCACGGUGGCGGCGCGGCCAUGUUGGGGUCUCACCACCACCUGCCUGGUGGCGGCUACGGGGAAGUCUCCGCCGACAAUUGCUUGAAAAACACAGCUUCAAGUGCAACCUCCCCUUCAGCCAAUAAACCGGCCAAACCAGGAUUUCAGGAACACGAACCGGCCUCAGACCAUAAACCCGGUUCAGCCCAACCAGCCAGCUUUAUUCCGGUGCCGGCCAUGUGGGCCGUUGCACCGGGCGCGGCAAAUGUCGGGAAUGGGUUCUGGAUGCUGCCGGUUAGUGCCAGCGGUGCAGCCACCACGAUGGGAGCGGGGCAGCUGGAGCACCAGAUGUGGCCAUACAUGGGAUCAAGUAUGCAGAGAGUUGGUGGGCGGUUCAGCCCUGUUCAAUUGGUGCAGCCGUCGCAUCCGGUUCAGCAGCUAGGGCUAGGGAUCGUAGAGAGUACCAAUUUGGAAAUGUUGAGCUCCAUGAACGCAUAUGGGAGCGAGAGAAAUAGGAUUGAAUUGGCCAUGAAUUUGGACCCUCCAAGCCACUCUCAUCCUCAACCUGCAAGUGAUAGUGAUAGUGGGGGUGAGAAGUGAAACCCCCCAAAAUUCAGUGACUUUUUGUUUAUUUCAUGUUAAUAAUAUAGCAAGGAAUGUGAUACUCUUGCUUUCUCCUUUCUUUUUUUUUGCGGGGGGGUUGUUUACAUGCUUUAUGUGAUCCUUAUUUUGCUUCGUGCUAGCUCCAUCCAAUAGAGCAAUUGGACAUCUUGCUUUCAA